AUGUCGGACGAGGACAAGAUGACUACUCCCAGCAAGCCGUUGGCUGGCCUCAACACCGCUAAUAGCCCACGAGCCGAGUCGCCGACAACUGCGCGCCCGAUGGACUUUGACGACGAACCUCAGGAGAGCGGAGUUAUCAGUACUUCUCCUGCUGCUACUCAACCAGCUGCCGCUGAGGCAGCCCCGCCAAAGCCGCCCCGGCCCCUGAGCCCGAGAGAACAGUCAGAGAACACCCUUAAGGAAGCGUUCCCAAGCAUCGAGCCUAGCGUUGUCAGAGCAGUUCUGACAGCAAGCAAUUGGAAUGUCGAGCGCGCAUUCAAUGCCCUCCUUGGUAUGACUGACCCAAAGGCCCAAGAGGAAAUGGCACCACCCCCGAAGCCGCCGCGCCCAACGCAACAAAGCACUGCUGCGCAGCGGCAGUUGGAAGCUGAUGAGAUGUAUGCCCGUCAACUGUCUGAACAUUAUAAUGCGGCGCCGCGCCGCUCACCACGCCCCGGCUGGGAGAGUGAUCCCCGUUACCAGCGGCCUAGAGGAAGCGAGGAAUCGGAUGAGCGGGGAUACAGCUUUUUCGAUGAUGAUCUCCCGGUGAUCCGCGAGAACCUCCGCAAGGGUUUCUUGGAGACACAGAAUAAGGUCAACUCGUGGGUAACAAACCUGAAGAAGCGAAUUGAUGGAGAUGACUUGGACGACGAGCCUGGCCAUAACCAAAGAGAUUCUUUCGCCCAGGGCCGGCCGCGGCGUAGUGGUGAUAUGGGCCGCCGCAGUGGAGAUCGUGAGCGCUAUGAUGCUGAUCCCCAAGUCCUGGGCGAUGACUUCUCUGCACUUGAGUUGAGAGACGGAGAAGCUCCCCCGCCUCGCCCUCCUCGUCCCGGCCAGACUUACAAGAAACCAUCUGUAUCUCCUUCUCCAGACAGGCGCAAGGUGUCUUUCCAAGAAGGGCCACCGACCGAGAUCGAUACCAAUUACGAAGCUCCCGCGACAUCCCAACGUGGUGGUUCAACCGGCAGCAAGUCCAGCAAAUGGCAGCCUUUAUCGACCGUUGAGCCUUCUCCGGUUGCGGAGAAUGACCCGUUCAGCCUUGGUGAUAGCGAUGACGAGAAAGACGUCAAGGUCAAGGAACAGACCACUGUCUCAGAGAGCGACAAGCUCCAGACAGCCACCGCAGAGGCAAUGUCCAGCGGAGUAGGUUCCUCACAGGAGCAAGAUACCAAGGGUGCCAGCAAGCCCGAUGAGUCAAAAUAA